UUCUUAGCUUCCAACGAGAUUAAUCCAUAGGUCCUCACUCUCUCUACGUACCCUCCCCGUCGAUCUCUAUAUAAACCCAUCGCUUGCUCCUCAGAAUCAUCACACAAACCCCAUCAGAAAACCAUAAAACCCAACAUGGCCAGCUUCCUCAGCAACCUCGCCAUUUCCCUCUCCGUUCUCGCCACCCUCUCCGCCCUUACCCAUGCCGCCACCUUCGUCGUCCACAACAACUGCCCCGACACCAUCUGGGCGGGGGCUGUCCCCGGAGGCGGCCGCCCACUCAAAAAAGACGAAGAGUGGUCCUUCGAGGUGAACCCAGGCACCAAACAAGCCCGCAUAUGGCCCCGAACCAAGUGCAACUUCGACGGGUCGGGUCGGGGCAAGUGCGAGACCGGGGACUGCGGCGGGUUGCUCGAAUGCCAGGCCUUCGGCACCCCGCCCAACACCCUCGCAGAGUACGCCCUAAACCAGUUCAACAACAUGGACUUCUUCGACAUCUCCCUGGUGGACGGGUUCAACGUGGCCAUGGACUUCAGCCCGACGUCGAACGGGUGCACCCGGGGUAUCCGGUGCGCCGCAGACAUAAACGGGCAGUGCCCGAACGAGCUGAAGGCACCAGGCGGGUGCAACAACCCCUGCACCGUUUUCAAAACGGACGAGUACUGCUGUAACUCCGGCAGCUGCAACGCCACAAACUUCUCAAAGUUUUUUAAGGACAGGUGCCCCGAUGCCUACAGCUACCCUAAGGAUGAUCAAACCAGCACCUUCACCUGCCCCUCGGGGACUAACUAUAGGGUAGUCUUCUGCCCUUAAACUCGAGCCAUGACUACGCAGGACGUUCCAACCACUAGAUUUAUAGGUAAAAAUAAGAGCCUGGUUGAAACAAAUUAUUCCACUUCUCAAAUGCCUAAUUUGAGAAAUAUCAAUGAAUUAUGAUGAUGAAUCUAAUAAAUGAUGGAGUGUAAUCCAAGUUAAAUUUUC